AGUAACAGGAAGUAAAAGGAAAGCUACAACCAAACCAUAACAAGCUGAGCAGAAAUAUCUAUUUUAAGGACGUGUUAUCUUAAAAUGGACUCUCGGAGUUUCAUUAACGAGUCACGCUGCAUGUUUUUUAACUCCUCCUCAAAGGACAAUCGAUGUGCGGUGAUUUUAUCAGUAAAACGAGCCACAGGAACCUUCUCCUUAAUCGGAUGUGUUUUCAUGCUGUUUGUAAUCUGGCUGCUCCGACGCUAUCAGUCCUUGGCUCAGAAGAUGAUUCUCAGCCUGACUGUAGCCGCCUUCUUCGACAGCGUAGCAUAUGUCAUGGGCGAAACCCAUCCGAAGGGAUCUCUCUGCAACUUCCAGGCCUGGUGGCUGACAUACUUCGACUGGAGUGCCUUGGCCUGGGUUUGCCUCAUUACCCUGAACCUGUAUCUCAACCUGGUCAGGGAAAUAAGCACCAACAGAUAUGAGAAGUUUUACCAUCUGAUGGCGUGGGGGGUACCUCUGGUCAUGGCCUCUUUGCCGCUGCUGAAAGGUUACUACGGCCUCGCAGGAGCCUGGUGCUGGAUCACAGACGAUCACGUAGCCUGGAGAUUUGGGAUAUGGUACAUGCCUCUCUUCAGCCUCAUCUUCCUCAUGAUCUGCUGCUAUGCCAGAAUCAUCUGUGUGGCCAAUAAAAGAAUGCAGUCCUGGCGGGGAACCUUCAACCCCGAGCGCGAGAGACGAAAGGUUUCCCUAGCCGAGGAGAUCAAGCCGCUGAAGUGGUAUCCGUCCGUUUACCUGCUGGUGUCCACCUUCCCGCUGGUUAACAGACUCCAUAAUGCCUUCUACCCUGAAGAUCCUUCGUUCCCUCUCACCCUUUUGCACGUCCUGUCAGCACCUCUCCAUGGUUUGGCCAAUGCCUUUGUUUUUGGCCUGGAUAAGGAGUGGUGGAGUCUGCUGAGCCCAACUGGAUUGCAGCUGGCUCUGCAGUCACGGCUCUGCGACCGAACGCGAAUCGGAGAGUACUACCCCGGGGCGGUGCGCUACACACAGGCAGACCUUAUCGACCCGAGCGAUGACGACGACGACGACACCAACGUGCUCUUCUACUCGCCUGACAUGACCCUGAAAGAUCGAGGUCCUUGAGAGAGAGGAAGAAGGGAGACAAAAGAGCUGGAGGGAAGAAGCACAAAGGAGGGUCAGAGCCAGAGAGAACCGCGCCGGAUUAGAAACUGAGAGGGAAAAAAGAAAAAGGGGGAAAAAAAAAAAAACGAGGUAGGGAGGGAAUGGAAGAGAAGAUUGUGGGGACGGUCAGGCAGAUAGAAGCCGGAGAUGAGCUGUCAGGUUCCAUUAUUAAUCCCCAUCCUUUACUAUUUAAUAUCCUUAAGACACCCUCCGCACACACACAGAGCAGAGCUCCAUUUCUGUGCAACACGACUAUCUGAGAGCUCUAAAGAUCAGCCUAAUGUUAAAGGCAUCUGCUGCAUCCCAAAAGGACUCCGGAAAGAUUUACCUCCCCGAACCCUCUGUUUUCCACCGCAUUCUGCAGCAUUUUAGCAUGCCAGAACAAAAAAGACAAGGGAAAAAAAAAGAAAAGAAGAAGAAAAAAAAAAACACAAGGCACUGCUGAAAGGCAAUCAUAACAAGGUGCUUCUUAAGCACUCGCAGCAAUCACCUUUUCAGUUCCCCACAGGAGAUGAGUUGAAAGGCAGGCCUUUAAAAAUCACCCUGUGUGUCAGCGUCUCACUCUGCCAUUAGAUUGAUCCCGGUACUACAUAAUUUUCCUGCCAAUAAGGGGAAGGUGGGUGUACAGUGGAAAUACAAAAAGAAAAAGAUGGGGGGGGGGGGGGGG